CGAUGAGAGAGAGAAAGAGAAGGGAGGUAUAUGCUUAAGGAAAAGCAGUAAAUCCGAUAGAAAGAAAAAACUCAUAUUCUCUAGAUUCUUGUUUUGGAGAAUGGAAUUGUAGGUCUAAGUGUAACAGAAAAUCAAAUGUGAGUCAAUAAUGUAGUAAGAAAAUUAAUAAUGAGAAAAAUAUUCAUUAACUGUAUUCAAGAAAUAUUAAGAAUUUACCAUGUUAUGCAUGACUUAAAUAUUUUCAUAAGGCUGUCUCUGUUAGGCUUUACCAUGCUUACAAUAGUUUAUAACAUUUAUUUAUUUUUACAGAGAACCAGAGCCACUCAACCAGUUCUGCCUGGGUCCUCAUGCAAGUGGUCAACAAUGUCACUGAGUUUACAUUCCUAGGACUUUCCCAAGAUCCCAGAAUGCAACUGAUUUUCUUUGCCCUAUUUCUCCUCUUCUACAUCGUGAUCAUAGUGGGAAAUCUGUUCAUUUUGCUUACAGUCUUUUCUGAUCCUCGACUCCACACACCCAUGUAUUUCUUCCUCAGUAACCUGUCCUUUGUAGACAUUGCCUAUUCCUCAGCCACUGCACCCAAGAUGAUUGAAGACUUUGUUUCUGAGAAAAAGACUAUUUCCUACUGGGGCUGUGUAACUCAGAUGUUUACCUUCCACUUUUUUGGUUGUGCUGAGAUUUUUGUUUUGACUGUCAUGGCUUUUGACCGUUAUGCCGCCAUCUGCCAACCUCUUCGUUAUACCACCAUCAUGAGUGCCAAUGCUUGUAUUGUGCUGGCAUCACUGUCCUGGUUAGGAGCCCUGGGUCAUUCCUUUUUUCAGACCCUCCUGACCUUUCAGCUGCCUUUCUGCAAUGCUCGGGUCAUUGACCACUACUUUUGUGAUGUGCACCCAGUCCUAAAACUUGCUUGUGCUGAUACAACCCUGGUAAAUAUGUUGGUGAUUGCCAAUAGUGGUCUAAUCUCUCUGGGCUGUUUCCUCAUUCUUCUGGCCUCCUACACAGUAAUUCUAUUUAGUCUUCGGAAGCGGUCUGCAAAGAGCCGGCAUAAGGCUCUCUCAACCUGUGGAUCUCAUCUGACUGUAGUAACUUUCUUCUUUGUCCCUUGUAUUUUUAUUUAUCUUCGUCCAUCCACUACUUUCCCACUGGAUAAGGCUGUGUCUGUGUUCUAUACUACCAUCACUCCAAUGCUAAACCCACUCAUCUAUACUUUGAGGAAUGAGGGUGUGAAGAAUGCCAUGAAACGACUAUGGAGUCGCAAGUUCUCCUUGAAGGAAAAGUUAAAGGGAUAGUUUGUAGUAAAUGCAAAUCAGAGAAUUAGCUGAAACUUUCAUGGUCCCUACCUUACUAAUGCUUUUAAGGAAUAGGCUCUAAAAUUCAGCCAUCUUGUAAUUUUCAUUUAACAGGGAAUAACUUGAGGCUAUUUUAUUUCUCUGCCUUUGGGUGGGCUAAAUUUAAACCUUUCCCUACUGGAAACACUCCUACACAGUAUCUCAUUUAACUGCUUUAGAUCCCUUCAAUUUAAACCAAACUAUCUUCAGCUAUAAUUCAAUAACUCAGAAUGAGGUUUCAAGGGAAAGUUAUCUCUGAGGAAUCAGAUCAUUUCUCCUAAAAAAAAAGAAGUUUGACUUCCCAGGAGCUGCCUUCUUUUUCCCCUCAUUUCCUCCCUCCUCCCUUCUUUUUUUUCCUUUCUUUCUUUCCUAGUCUUCUCCCACAAAUAUUGUAUAAUCUAGUAAAGGCAAUAAAUUCAUAAAGAGAUAAGUAUAACAAAUUCAGAAAAUGUGACAUAGAAAAAUACACUUCAUCCAAUGAAGAAGUUGAUAUAAACUGACAAACUGCCCAAAGGAUGAUUUCCAUACAGGAAAAACAAAAGAGAGAGAGAGCGAGAGAGAGAGAGCAUUUUACAUAUCUUGCAGGGGAAGAAUCUUUUUAAAGACCCUCUUGAAGAACUUGAAUAUUGUCUGUCACCCCAGUACUAUGACAAUAUUUUUACU